UAGUGUGUCGCGUGUGUGUGUUCAGACGCACGAGCGGAGGAUUUCCUUCUUUCCCACAACUUACUUUGACUUACUUUUGAUCGUUCUGAAGACAGAAGAAGAGUCGCAGUGCAGUCGGCGAGUGACUUUGAUGUGUACGCGUUUAGAUGUUUUGUCAAAACAUUUUUUUUGCACGGAAAAAAAGAAAAGUAUCUUUCUGCAUGGGACCAGCGCGCGAGCCUCACUGCUGAGAGCGCGCGUGCACGAGAAAAAAAUACAACAGCAACAAACAAACAAGAAAAUUCCGACAACGGACUUUUGCGACGUUUUUACCUUACCGCUUUUUUAAUUAGCGCGCGCGCAGAUAUUUAGCGCACAGAUUGUGCUUUUUUUCUUUUUGCAUUUGUUGUUUUUCUGCACGCUCCGUGCGCACGAGGAUCUCUUCCCCCUAAGUUUCUACGCAUUUUUUUCGUAUGAAUCUCCUCGACCCCUACGUGAAGAUGACCGACGACCGGGACAAGUGUCUCCGCGACGCCCCGAGCCCCGGUAUGGAUUCCGAGGACUCCGGCGCCGCCUCCCCGUGCCCGUCCGGUUCGGGCUCGGACACGGAAAACACGCGGCCAACCGACAUCCACGACGAUUUUAAGAAGGACGAUGAGGAAAAGUUCCCCGUCUGCAUCCGGGACGCAGUGUCGCAGGUGCUGAAGGGCUACGACUGGACGCUCGUGCCCAUGCCGGUGCGCGUUAACGGCUCGAGCAAGAACAAGCCGCACGUGAAGAGACCGAUGAACGCGUUUAUGGUGUGGGCGCAGGCGGCGCGGAGGAAGCUUGCGGACCAGUACCCGCAUCUGCACAACGCGGAGCUCAGCAAGACCCUGGGAAAACUGUGGAGGCUGCUGAACGAAGGUGAGAAGCGCCCGUUCGUGGAGGAGGCCGAGCGACUGAGGGUUCAGCACAAGAAGGACCAUCCCGACUACAAGUACCAGCCGAGGAGGAGGAAGUCGGUGAAGAACGGCCAGUCGGAGUCGGAGGACGGCGAGCAGACCCACAUCUCGCCCAACGCCAUCUUCAAAGCCCUGCAGCAAGCCGACUCGCCCGCCUCCAGCAUGGGCGAAGUGCACUCCCCCUCAGACCACUCAGGUCAAUCCCAAGGUCCUCCAACGCCACCGACAACCCCUAAAACAGACCUUCCCGGCAGCAAACCAGACCUAAAGCGCGAGGGACGCCCCCUGCAGGAUGGUGCCGGUCGCCAGCUCAACAUCGACUUCAGGGACGUGGACAUUGGUGAGCUGAGCAGCGACGUCAUCUCCAACAUCGAGACCAUCGACGUCAACGAGUUCGACCAGUACCUGCCGCCGCACGGUCAUCCGGGGCUUCCCGCCAACGCUCAAGCCUACUCAGCCAGCUACGGUCUGUCCCUCUCAGCUGGUUGGAUGUCCAAGCAGCAUCAGCAACAACAUCAGCAGCAGCAGCCACAGCAGCCGCCACAGUCGCAAUCGCAGCCACAGCAGCCACCACAGCACUCCCUGACCACGCUGACCCCGGCAGACCAGAGCCAGUCCCAACAACGCCCGACACAGAUCAAGACAGAGCAGCUGAGCCCCAGCCACUACAGCGACCAAGGCCAGGGUUCUCCUCAACACGUAGCGUACGGUUCCUUCAACCUGCAGCACUUCAGCACCUCGUCCUACCCGUCGGUCGCACGCACCCAGUACGACUACGCCGACCACCACAGCAACUCGUACUACAGCCACGCCGCCGGCCAAGGCUCCGGCCUCUACUCCACCUUCAGCUACAUGAGUCCGGGAGCACAGAGGCCCAUGUACACCCCGAUCGCCGACACCACCGGCGUACCGUCCGUGCCUCAGACCCACAGUCCCCAACACUGGGAGCAGCAACCCGUCUACACCCAGUUGUCUCGACCUUAAAAAACGAACGUUAAAAACAAAACACGCCGAUCGAACAGAUCAAACGGACUGGAAAAAGUUUCUAUCGCCACUUUUGUUCAUCGCUACCAGAGACUCCGGACUCAAGACUUUUAGUAGCCUUUAGACGCCUUGGAAGGUUCCUUCUUCGGUUCCUUCCCUGCACAAGCCAACGCAACUCAACAGAACUCAAUACAACUCAAUAGAACUCAACACAACUCAACACAGCUCAAUAGAACACAACUCUACACAGUGCAAACAAGAAGCGGAAAUCAUUUAAGCAAGCAAGCAGAGCGAGGUGCAGGACUUUGACUUUUUAACAUUUUUUUUUUCUUUCGUUCGUUCUUUUGUUCUUUUGUUUCAUUUUGUUUUUUCCUUCUUAGAAGAAAGAUAUCGGAAAUGGCUCCCGACAGUGCCUUUUUUUAAGCAGAAAAAGUUCGAAGCGCUCGAGUUGCGAUUAUAUUUUUCUAGUUCUGAUGAAAAAGAUUGAAAACUCGCUCGAAUGAGAGGAAUCCUCUGUGAGGACAUAUCUGUUAUAAAUAUUUUAGUAUGUACUGUGUAUGUAUUAUAUCUUUCUUUAUUUCUCACUCUCUCUAUCGCUCAGUCUCUUUUCGUCGUUAUCGUUAUUGUCGUCAUUGUCCACAUUGUCUUUGUUUUCAGGUCAGGUUUACGCUCUUCUUCUUCUUUUACUUCUUCUUUUUCUUUUUCUGGGGAAUUUGUACAAAAUUUGUUUAUACAAAAGAGGAUGCCAUAAUAAGGUGGGGUUCCCCUGUUGUGUCCCUCCUCGAUUGUCCCCUUAAUUCACGUUUUAACUAAACUAAAACAACAAUGCCUUCUCUAACACGUCCCUUUUUUUAAUUUCUGUACAUAUACUGUAUUUUAACGCCAUUUCUUCUGUGUUUUAGAAUCAGGCAGAGUUUAUCUGAUUUGCGGUGCCUAGUGUAAGCUACUUCUCAGUGAUGCUAAUGCUAAUGCUAAAGCAGCGUCCUCAAAAAUGGAUCAGCCAUAGCCAGAAUAAGAUUUAACGAAGAUUUUAACAAUGAUUUUAAUGAACAUCCUGCCUUUGUGCCGUCAGUGCCUGGUGCCAGCGUAGAGAUCUGUAGUGCCUCAACUCACCUAGUGCCAUCACUUACCUCUAUCUCUCUCUAUCUGUCUAUCUCUCUUAAUCUGUCCACGUCUGAAGAGUCCUAAGACUUUUGGACGCUCCCUGUUGGAUAAAUUAUCAUUCCCUCAGACCCUGUUAAGUUUUUACUAUUUUUUCUUUUUUAACCUCGUUAAUUUAUUCAUUAGUAUUAAUUUUAUUUUAAAAAUAAUAAUUUUCAUUUUUGUUAUUUACUUAAUUUGCCUCAUUAUUACAUCUAAUUUGAUUUUUUUUUUUUGGAGAGAUUCCAGUCAAAUUGUGUCAAGUGGUACAAACUUUACAACUUUACUUUAACCAUCUUGGGUUAUUUAUCAUCAUUCGUUGUUGUAAAUGUUUCCAUUUAUUAUAAUUAUUGUUUUUUUUAUUAUUAUUUCGCAUCUCUUUUGAUUAUCUAGUUGUGUACAGAUUUCUUACAAAUGUGAUUGAAAAAAAACUUGAUCACAUUAAAAAAAAAAAAAACAGAUACAACUGGAUUUUUUUUGUUUUUUUUAUAAUUAUUAUUAUUAUUUUCUCUUUUAAUUUUAACAAAUAAUGAAUAAAAUUGAUUUUACUGGAGGCCGUGGCCAUAUUGCCAUAUUGUAAAGACUUUUCCUCUUUACUGAAUCACCAGCGUACCUUUAAAACAUGUUCUGUUCUUUAUUCAUUCCUGCAUAUGUUAGAUCUCAUCGACAUCCUUUAAUGCAAAUGAAUCUUUGUAAAAAAAAACACGCCAUUGUCUUAAGAGAAGCUUAUCUUUUGUAUCAUACUGUUUGCAAUAAAAGUGAAAAAUGGUACAGAAAAUAUAAAACAAACGUCUGAUCUGGUUUUAUUUGGUGAGAAAAGUGCACACGUUAUGUUUAAAGUAGAAAUGUUGGUUAUCUCUACUUUUUCACACAGUUAUCUGAACUUUCUGCUCCUUACAUUUUAUACUCCUAUUUAAUUUCAGCUGGUUUUCGUUCAAUAAAACCCCUAUCCAGAUAAAUCUCUCCAUCCAGAUAGAGUGAAUUUGAUUGUGAUUGGAUGUAGAGAAGUAUAAACAUAUACCAUUCCAACUCCCUAUUGGUUUAUACUGUGAUCCAUCACACCUGCACACGCCCCGCCCCCCCAAAACAAACUCUAGUCCAACUAAGCUUCUUUAAUAUAUUUACAUUCUACUAAAUAAAAUACAUUCAUUUUUAAUAAGCAUAUAUGCAUCUGAAACACUAGAGAGGAGCCUAGUGCAAAAUCCCAAAUUAUAUUAUAUUAUUAAUAUUAACAUUUUAAUAUUUUAACAUUAUAGUCAUUAUGGCUUUUAGUAAAAUGUGUUUUGGGGAGGGGCUUAGUGCACUAUAGGACUCUGUGGGCAUGGCUUAAGCUUUUGUUCUUAAUAGCUUUAUUUUUCCCCAUUUUUUUCAUGCAUCUUAGCAUCAUGUUCUCCUCCACCAGUCUUGCACACUGCUUUUGGAUAACUUUAUGCUGCUUUACUCCUGGUGCAAAAAUGCAUCAGCUUGUGAUCAUCCAUCUUUCUUUUGAUUAUAUUCCAGAGGUUUGUAAUCAUUUAUUAAUUCAUAAUUCUUCUUUUUUUUACCAGAGCUGCAAACUUAAAUAGUUUGUAUUAAAAAUAUUUGUAUUAAA